AUGCUUCGCACCGCCUUUGCUCGCUCGAGCCUUGCUAUGCGCUCCCGUGUCCCCAUGGCAUUCCGCUUCUACUCCAACAAUCUGACCCCUGAUUCUCCUGUCACCUCUUACGGUGCCGACCCCACUGUUCGCUACACAGAGAAUCACGAGUGGAUUGCCGUCCACAAGGACAAUGUUGCCUUUGUUGGCAUCACAAAGUAUGCUGCCGAUGCUCUCGGAGAUACUACCUUCGUUGAGGUCGUUGAGACUCCCACGGAGACUGAGGCCCAGGAGAGCAUUGGCUCUGUUGAGAGCGUCAAGUCUGCGUCUGACCUCUACUCACCAGUCACCGGUACCGUUAUUGAGGCCAAUGAGGAACUUGUCAAUUCUCCCGGCCUUGUUAACGAGGACCCUAUGGGCAAGGCUUGGUUCGCCAAGAUCCAGAUCUCGAACCCAGCCGAGCUCGACCAGCUUAUGGACUCGGACAAGUACGAGGCGUUCCUGAAGGAGAACGACCAUUAA